AAAUUCACCUUGUACAUGAGCUGGGACACUCCUCCCGUCUCCGGCGAUCUCUCCUAUAUAAGCGGACGCCUCGCUCUCCCUUCUCCGAGCACGCCAUCCUUGCCUCCAACUAACCCCCUCCACCCGCUCACUGCUCCCACACCACUCCGCCGCCGCCGCCGGCGUCGCGUCUCCUCCAUUCUUCCUCCUCCCCCAGCACCACCGACGAUGACGCUGACGAUCCCGGAGGACGUGCGCGCCAAGGCGGAGAUCUACGUGGGCGACGCGGCGGGGCAGGAGAAGACCCGGUUCCUGCUGCAGGAGACGGGGCUCCCCAGCGGCCUGCUCCCGCUCAAGGACAUCGUCGAGUGCGGGUACGUGGAGGAGACGGGGUUCGUGUGGCUCAAGCAGCGCCGCAAGGUGGACCACUACUUCGCCCGGGCGGGGCGCCACGUCUCGUACGGCGCCGAGGUGUCGGCGGUGGCGGAGAAGGGGCGGCUCAAGAAGAUCACCGGGGUCAAGGCCAAGGAGAUGCUCAUCUGGGUCACGCUCCACGAGAUCUGCGUCGACGACCCGCCGCAGGGGAAGCUGCACUGCAAGGCCAUCGGGGGCCUGUCCAGGAGCUUCCCCGUCGAGGCCUUCGAGGCCGACGGGCCGCCGCCGGCCGCCGCGGCCGCGGCUGCCAGGGCUGUUGACGUCGCCGGCAACGGCAACGGCAACGGCGCUGCGGCGAAGGAGGAGGUGGCGGCCAAGAAGGAGGGCGCCGUGGAGGAGGAGAAGAAAGAGGAGGCCCCCGCCGCCGCCGGGGAAGAGAAGAAGACCAAGGAGGAGGAGGAGAAGGGCGACACCGCUGCGGCCAUUGACAAGGUCGAGGAGAAGCUCAAGGAGAUGAGCACGGAGGUGCCGGCGCGCAAGCACGCCGACGCGGUGGCCGCCAAGAACUGAUACCCUUUCCGCCCUUCGCCAUUUACUGCUACCGCCCAUCCACCAUUAUUCACAGCUACGAGCUACCACCACGUCAGAGAGAAGAAAAAAAAAGGAGAAGACCUCCCUAGUUCUGCCGUCCAUCAGAGAGACAGAGACGACGACGAGGAACCGCGGCGAGAUUGGGGGAGCUCGCUCCAGCUCCAUUACUCCGACCACCAGCACUGUUCAGUUUCGUUCCGAAUAAUCCACGCACACACGCAUGUACGGUCCGUUUUAAUUUCCCUGCCGCUAUAAAACCCCCCGAAAGUACUAUGUAUCGAUCGAUGGUGUUCUUAAUUC